AUGAGGUGUUUUCUGAGCGUCUGUACACUGCUGGCGACGGUGAUUGCCUCGCCUGUCCCCCAGGUUGACGCGUACGGGGCUCCGACACCGCUGGACGCCGUCGAUGCAGCUAGCCCAGGUCCGCUCGGUCUUCUGGGCGGCCGAGGUCGACUCGGCCUGGGCCCGGCUAGCUACGGCGGCCGUUCUUUGGGAGGUGUUCUGGGCGGUCCUCUGCGAGGACAGCGUGGCGCAUUCAUCGGGAACCUGGGCAACCCGCCCCAGCUUCGGCCGGACGGGCUGCUGGACGGGCCGGGCGUGCCCUAUAGCUUCAGCUGGGCCGUGGACGAGCCUGACUACGGCAACAACUGCGGCCACAGUGAGGAGAGCGACGGCAUCGUGACGCAGGGCGAGUACCGUGUGCUGCUGCCCGACAGCCGCAUCCAGAUUGUCACGUACGGGGUGGAGGGUGACAGCGGCUACCAGGCGCAGGUCACGUAG